AUGCCCGACUCCAACGAGCUCAUCGCCCGCAUCCACGGCGUCAAAGCCAACCAUCAACUCGCGCAAGAAUUCCGCCACGAAGUCGCCAACCUGCUCGGACGACAUCAAACCUCCUUCCCCGGCGCCCAACCGGUCUCCUUCGCCUCGCGCCAUCUCUCCGAGCUCCGCCACCAAGACUACUACGUCUGCGAGAAGACGGAUGGGAUCCGCUACCUGAUGUACUGCACGCGCGACGGCGACCGCGACAUCCACUACCUGAUCGACCGCAAAAACGACUACUACUACGUUCCGGGCCUCCACUUCCCCAAACAAGACGACAAGACGUUCGCGUCCUUCCACUCGGAAACCAUCUUCGACGGCGAACUGGUCGAAGACACCUAUCCGGACGGCCACUCGGAGCUCAAAUUCCUCGUCUUCGACUGCCUCGUCCUCGACAGCGACCUGCUGACCACCAAACCGCUCGACAAGCGCCUCGCGCGCUUCAAAGAAUGGGUGCUGAAGCCGUACAAGGAGCUGUGGAAAGCGUUCCCGGAAGAGCUGCAACACCGGCCCUUUGCGGUAGAAGACAAAGCGACCCAGUUCUCCUACUCGCUCGAAUACAUGUUCAAAUCCAUCAUCCCGUCCGUCAAACAGCUCCACGGCAACGACGGCCUGAUCUUCACCUGCAAGAACACGCCCUACAAGACCGGCACCGACGAGCACAUCCUGAAGUGGAAACCGCCCCACGAGAACACCAUCGACUUCCUCCUGCACAUCACCUGGCCCCUCCAGAACCCCGAUCCCGACGACCCGGACCGCACCCCGCACGAAGACUUCCUCGCCUUCCCCCUCUCCCUCGACCUGUUCAGCUACACCGGCAACGAAGUCAACUACGAACACUACUCCACCCUCUUCCUGACCCCGCAGGAAUGGGAGGACCUCAAAUCCCUCCAGCGCCCGCUCCAAGACUGCAUCGUCGAGUGCUAUCUCGAGCCGGCAACGGCAGCGGAGCCAGCAGCGGCUUCGGAUCCGGACCUUCAUCCUCCGGAGAACGACGGUGAGCACGCGAAUCACGUCAGCACGGUCAGGAGCGUGAUGGAGAGCAUUGAGGAUCAUGUCACCGAGAAGGAUCUGUUGGAUGCGGCGGGCGGGAUUCGGGAUGCGUGGAAGAAGAGGCAGGCCGAGGAGGAGAGAGCGAGGCGGAAGAAGUAG